GAAGACAGUAAUCCAAGUAUGUCUGCUUUAAUUCUCCUUUCUAGGUGAUAAUGGAGAGAAAGCCUGGCCAAAGUCCUUCCCUUCCUGUGGAGGAAUGUUCCAGUCUCCCAUAGAUUUUGACAGUGACAUGCUUCAAUAUGAUUCUACUCUCUCACCCUUAGUGUUAGAAGGUUACAAUAUGUCUUCUAAUGAGCAGUUUAUUCUGGGUAAUAAUGGACAUUCAGUGAAAUUAGAUCUGCCUCCAAAUAUGUACAUUAAAAGCCUGGGUCCCAGAUAUACAGCAACAGAACUUCACCUGCACUGGGGCAAUCAGAAUAAUCCCCGUGGCUCCGAACACACAGUUGAUGGGAACCACUUUGCAGCUGAGUUACAUAUUGUCCAUUAUAACUCGGACAAAUACCCCGAUAUGUCCACAGCCAGGGAGAAAUCAGACGGACUAGCUGUUCUGGCUGUGCUGAUUGAGAUGGGUUCCUUUAGUCCUUCCUAUGACAACAUCUUCAGCUACCUUCAAGAUGUUAAGUACAAAGAUCAGAAAAUUCAAAUUCCAGGUUUUAAUAUCCAAGACCUUCUUCCUCAGAACCUAAAUGAAUACUACCGCUACCAAGGUUCUCUCACCACUCCUCCUUGUUUCCCCAGCGUGCUCUGGACAGUUUUCCGAAACCCUGUCCAAAUCUCCCAGGACCAGCUGCUGGCUCUGGAGACAGCUCUGUAUUGCACCCAUAUAGAUGACCCCUCACCUCAGGAACUGGUCAACAACUUCCGAGAAGUCCAAAAGUUUGAUGAAAGGCUUGUACAUGUCUCCUUCCACCAAGGGUCACUCUAUGAGGGCAAAUACAGAGGAUCAGAAGAAAGCUUGCAGGACUUUGGGUUUGCCAUCUAAAUGUAACCACUACUCUGUAAUGCUGAAUUGAUGUAUUGAGAAAAAUUAGCCAUCUUCUUAGACCUGACCCAGGUCUAAGGUCAUUGCUUCAGACGCAGGCAGAAUUGUCAGGCUUGCUAGAAAGUGCUUUGGUAUCCUAUUCUGGCUCUGCUGGGUGACUCUAUUACAGAGGUGGAAGCCCCAAGGAGUCAGAUUUGCUCUUGAGAACAGCAGAAAAAUGAAGGUCUCAACAUAGCUUUGCCAAUUUUGCUAAUGCAUAGCUCAGCUGUGAAUGCUGCUUCAGAAAACCCAGGCUGGUUCUAAACUCUCUUUGGAUGGAAACUGACCAUCCAGGACAGUGGAAGGUGGAUUAUAGAAACUUGGCCAGACACUCCAUUCUCCCAGUAUUCUGAUUUUUAAAAACAGAGUUAGGAGAAGGGCUAUUUUUCCAGUAUUUAUCAGGAAGCAGUAUCAGAAAUAUGACAUCCAAGACUUGUUGAAAGCUGCUCAUAUUCAGGAGUCUCCCUAUCAGUGCAGUUAACAUCAACAAGUCCCCAUGCAAUUUUAGGUUUAUGGUACAAAUCUACUUAUAGAAAUGUAUUACAAACUAUUAGAGUUCAGCAGCCUGGACCAUUAAACCUAGAACUAUUUUAUUUAAAUAUUAAAUAUUAAGUAAAAUAUUCAAUAUUCAUUUAAAUUACUAAGUAAGAGCUCUAGGCCCUAGAAACAGCUAGAGUGAGAGUUAUCAGUCAUUAAGGGCAGUCCCUAGAAGAGGGAGAGUUAAUUAUUUUUGUUUGUGUUUUUUUAAUUCAAAGAAGGAGAAAGCUGAAGGGCUAGUGUAGAAAUUAAUUAAUCAACAAGGGCUCACAAGGUACCCAGCUCUAAUUGGUUCAAUUGAGGAUACAGAAGUAGGAGAUGUGAUAAACUUGACCUCCAGAAGCUUACAACCUGCAGUUUAAUUUGGGGGCUUGUUUAUAAAUUGGCUUCCUAGGACUCAUUUUUAAAAAUUUUCAGCUACAAGGAGCCAACCAAAUAUCAUACAAAAAAUUGAGAAUUUUCCAUGAUAUGCAUGGACACUUACUGCGUCUGUGACACGAAAUCAAGAGUCUGAUAAUAUUGACCAUUCAAUCACUCACCAAGUAUUUCUUAAGUGCUUACUAUGUGCCAAGCACUAUGCUAGGUGCUGAAAACAACGAGAAAGAUUGAAGCAAUUUUUAAAAAUAUAGGUGGAGAAGACUGUGGAGAUAAAGAGAUAGUAAGAAGAGAUUCAGCCCAUAGAACCUUGAGACAAAUGGGUAACACAGCACAGUGCACUAGAGGGCUAGCCUUGAAAUCAGGGAGACCUGAGUUUAAUUUUUACCUCUGAUUCGUAUUGGCUAUUUGACCAUAAGCAAAUCCCAAUCUCUCAGUGCCCUAGGCAACCUUCCAAGGCUAUAAAUUAUAGACUGACUACAUCAGUGGAGAAAGUUUCUACACUGAGAGUUCUUCAUAAUAAGGAAUUCCCUGGCCUGGACCAAUAAUAAUAAUGAUAAUAAUUCUAAGAGCACAGAGCCCAGUUUCAGAGGAUUUUAUAUCUUCUAUUAUUCUGAUUUUCCUUUCCCAUUCUUAUUCUUUAUAUCUUUUCUACCAAAUCCUUUCCUGUUUACAGACAAUACCUUUUUGGAGGUAAGAAUCAUACUAGGUGUUUUCUUUGCUCUGGAAAAGUAUUCCUUUCCUAAGGCAUUAGUAGGAUAUAAGAUUUGAAAAAAAGAUUUGUUUGUCAAGUUAGGGUCCAUAAAAAGAUGUAUGCUGUGACUUCUUUGGCUCUCAUUUAGAGCCAGAUUCUGUAAGUUAAAAACCCUAUUUUACUGUGUGGAAAUGAGAAAGAUGACAGGGACUGAAUAUGCAGCUUGCUUCUUAAUUGAGGGCCCAAUGUUCUGUACUUUGGCCAAAUUCCAAUGGAGACUCUUUAGACCAAGGACCACAACAUUGAGUCUAAAUGAAAAAAGGGAAACAAAGCAAAAUAGCAAUCAGCCUUAAAAGAUAGUAAUAUCAUGCUUUGCUUUCAUGUCAGGAGCAGGCAAAAUAUUAAGUAGAUAAGUUAACAUGAAUGAGUGGGCCCAAUAGUUUCUAUAACCAUGUUCUUAAGCUUGCUUACUGGAUAUUGUUGGUAAAUGUAAUCGACAGCUGAGGCUGGAGCCCAGCUAAAUCACACUCACGAUCAGCCUCACAGCUGCAGGUCACGUGAACCCAUUUCUUCCCAAAACCAAGUCUGUGAAACAACAGUUAGAAUGUUAAUGCCCAAAUUACCCAAUGGACUUUGGUCAACCAUUCUAUACAAAGUGUUCUGGAGUUUAUAAAACCUUGCUAAAAGAGAAAUUCAUUCUCAACGCAGCUCUCAGGGAUGAAACCUUUGUGGAGAAUGAGAAUGAGGUGAGAGAUGAUUUCAGAGUGAACUGGUUUGCAGCUUGGCCUAGUAAAAGUUAGUAAAGUUUGGUCUUGCUUAGCCCUAAUCAAUCUUGCAGUUCCUUAAAAACCUAACAGCAAAAAAAACUCCCCAGAGAACCUAAAAAAGCUAAGAUGGCUAAUUUUGGAAUUGUCAGGGAACUUAACCACUUUAAUUGAUGUUAUAGUAUUUUGUCUGUGGAGUAUUAUUAUUUUUUUGAAGCUGUGUGUCUUGAGGCUUCAUCAUUUGCAAAUAAAGAACACCUGAUGGUAAUUAGUGCAUCACAAUUUUUUUCCCUGAAUUAGUUCAAAUUAGAGAGUGGCAAGGUAGAUUUAAAAAUAUAUGUAAUUUCUUAACCUUAUCCGGAGUAAGAAAGACCUGGGCUCCAAUUGCAUCUCUGAUACUCACUAGCUGCGUGUCCAUGGACUAGUCACCUAAGCCUCAGGCAGCUCUCUAAGAUUACAGAUUAGAGGUUGGGAUCUGCUUCAAAGUCCUUAAUAUUAUCCAUGUAGUUCAAGUCAUCACAACACAGAUACUUCAACCAGGAAAUAGGAUGUCCAAAUCAGGGAGCAUUGGACAAAUUUUUCCAGAGGCAAAGGAAGAAUCACUGCAUUUAAAUGAAUGCUACAUUUACUUCCUGAGCACCUAUUACGCAUACUAGCAUGGCCAGGGAAAUGCAAUUCACUGAGCAGAGAAGAUGCCCUGAAAAAGCCAUUCAGUUGUUGGCCGUCUGCCCCUGGAUAGUCCAAGUAGGUACUGAGUAGCAGAGACACAUGGACAAACAUUGUAGACUAAAUUCCAAGAACCACCCAAUACCUUAAUCUGUAUCCUUGAGGAAAAUUGAUCUUAAAUGCAAAUUUUUUUUUCAAUAUCCAAACUUCAGUCUUUACAUAAGUGUUAUUUUGUAGGAGUAUUAAUUUGCUAAUGGUGUUAAAAUGACCUGUUCAUUUAGAAAAAUUAAGAUCUAAAUAGGUGGAAACUCCAUAAGGCUCUUAAAUUUCUAUAAUCCUCUUUUAUGGGAUUUACAGAUUUGAGAUAUUUUCCUACUGACUUCAUAACAUCUUACUGUUGCUCUGACUUGGAAAGGUGGGGAAAAAGGACUCUAAUGCUAAAAUCCAUCUGUCCUCCCACCACAAACAUCCUUAGCAUCUUUAGAGAUCAUUGACCCAAGGUUGUUGGGAAUUCUAAAGUGCUUCUAGUUUGAACUAAGUACCGCAGAAUAACAUAGCAUUCACUCUUUUAAAAAUUUCCAAUAGGGAGAAUUUUUUUUAGAAGUUUCAAUCCCAUUCUGAGUCUAUCUUCCUAGAAUCUGGAAGCAAAUGAGUUAUUCUGGGACUGAAUUAGGAACUUUCCUGAUAUAGAAUGUAUUACCUGAAAAGUAGCAAAAUAUUCGAUAUGUCACUACUUCAAGGAUCUAUGCCCUCAUCAAUGGAGGCAUCCCUCUACUGACACAGACCACUAUUUAUACAUGCCUCAUUCUUCAUGAGUUCCUGCAGCUGAAGAAAAAUUCAACGGGUGGCCAGUCUUAUGGUGAUAAGCCUCUCCAAACUUAGCAAGCCUCGUUUUAUAAUGGCAGACAUAAAAUCCAUUAUUGGUCCUAUUUUCAAAGCUUUGCCAAUUUGGUAAAGAACUUAUAGAGCUUGAACUCUGGCCUUCAAGAGGUCAGGGUUAAAUAGGAUAUCAUAAUAGAAUUAUGAUGAAGGAGCAAUAUAUGACUAAGGAAGACCUUGCUGCUCCCCAAUAUAAAUUCUAAAAUCAGUUCUGUUCCUUGUGUUCCACAUUCACCCAGUCUAAUUUUCCUUGAGAUGGGUUUAGCUCUAUGGCAAAAACUCAUCCAAAGGGAACCAAUAUUUUAGGAAUUUGGUAGCCAUGGCUUAUAUCUGGUGUAUUUCUCCAAAAGUUUUGCAGACUAAGUUGACAGAAGGUAUGUCUGAAAUCUCAACCUUCAGUUUAUUCAAUUCUGUGAUAUGUCUAGAAGUCACUGAGAAUUAUCCUGUUGUUUUCAUCAUAUCCCAUCAAUAUUAUGUCACAUGUUAUCUGCAGAAGGGUCUUAUGACAUUUCCCUGAAAGGAAAAGGACUAUGUUUUGCCUUUAAUUCAAAUACGAGAUCUUCUUAGAGAAAGAAUGCCAGAUUGAUCCAGGAACCACGAGCAGUGGAAAUGAGGUGCGUGUCCCUCCUUUUGGAUUUUUGUGUGCUUGCCCUUCAGAGCUGUAGAAGAUCCUUAAAAAACAAUUAACCAGUUUCUGUUGGUCCUGCCUGAUGCCAGUAGAAGAACUCAGCUCUUGUAACCAUGGAGCCAGUUUCACAGAGCAGUGUGGCAAGUGGCAGGCUCAUCCAGCCUCCUAAAAGUGUUCUGUAGCUUGCUGGAGAUUGCAGCUUUUAUGAAGUUGUCUAUGCAUUUUUCAGUGUACAGCUUUCCUUUUUUGUGUAUUGUAUGCUCCCUUCUCUAUUGUGCCCUGUGCCCUUCAAGGAUGCUCAGCCUCGACUUUCCCACCUACUGCAUCUACGAGACAUUGAUGCUCUAAGCAAUCAACUCUACCAUGCCCUUUUGCUGAGUUGAAAGCAUUUUUUUCUUUUCUAAACUACCUAAUUUCAUAGGUCAUAUAAGUGAACUACCUCUUAAACCAGCUUUUUUUUCCCCCUAGCUAUUCUAUUUCCCUCAAAAAAAAAUCUGUUUGUCUCUUCUCCUCGCUUCUUGGAAUCUUAGAGGGAGCCAAAGUCUUAGAAUCACAGAUUGGUCUUCUAUCUCAAGGUUUUUGACAGGAAAUGAUCUGGCAUCAUUCCUGAAUCCAGAUUCCUACUAGUAUUGCUUAGCUUUGAGCCUGGGGAGGGAGAAAACAUUUCUAUAAUUUGAAAUUUUAUGUUUUUUUAGUUCUGUCUCUCUGUCGGUAUUCCUUAUAUCUUCUCUGGGACUUACAUUCUAAAUCCUUCCUGUACGCUAAGAUUGGGCAGCUUUGUCAGGUAUUCAUACAAAUGCUGCAUAUCAGUAGUAGUAGUAGUAAUACUACUAUCAAUAAUAAUAGCUUGU